GCCGGCCCCGCCCAGCGCGGGGAGCGCGCGGCCGCCCCGAGACCCGGAGGUGAGGUGGACCGCUGAGCGGGCGGCGGGAGCUGGCCCCGCAGGAUUUACAGAUGGAUCCAGCGGAAAAGACCACAAACAGAAGUGAACAAAAAUCCAGAAAGUUCCUGAAAAGCCUCAUCCGGAAGCAGCCACAGGAGCUGCUGCUGGUCAUCGGGACGGGCGUCAGCGCAGCCGUGGCCCCCGGGAUCCCUGCCCUGUGCUCCUGGAGGAGCUGCAUCGAGGCGGUCAUCGAGGCGGCCGAGCAGCUGGAGGUGCUGCACCCGGGGGAUGUGGCGGAGUUCCGCCGCAAGGUGACGAAGGACCGGGACCUGCUGGUGGUGGCGCAUGACCUGAUCCGGAAGAUGUCGCCUCGUACAGGUGACACCAAGCCCAACUUCUUCCAGGACUGCCUGAUGGAGAUUUUCGACAACCUGGAGCAGCACAUCCAGAACCCGCUGGUGCUGCAGUCCAUCCUCAGCCUGAUGGAGCGAGGCACCAAGGUGCUGACCACCAACUACGACAACCUGCUGGAGAUCUUCGGGCAGCAGCAGAGCAAGCCCAUGGAGUCUCUGGACCUGAAGGACAAGACCAAGGUCCUGCAGUGGGCCCGGGGGCACAUCAAGUACGGCGUGCUCCACAUCCACGGCUUGUACACGGACCCCUGCGGCAUGGUCCUGGAUCCGUCGGGCUACAAGGACGUCACGCAAGACCCAGAAGUAAUGGAGGUCCUCCAGAACCUGUACCGCACCAAGUCCUUCCUGUUCGUGGGCUGCGGAGAGACGCUCCGGGACCAGAUCUUCCAGGCCCUGUUCCUGUACUCGGUGCCCAACAAGGUGGAGCUGGAGCACUACAUGGUCGUGCUCAAGGAGAACGAAGACCACUUCUUCAAGCACCAGGCGGACAUGCUCUUGCAUGGGAUUAAAGUCGUGUCCUACGGGGACUGUUUUGACAACUUUCCUGGCUACGUGCAGGACCUCGCCACGCAGAUCUGCAGGCAGCGCAGCCCAGAUGCUGACCGAGUGGACAGCACCACACUGUUGGGGAACGCGUGUCAGGACUGUGCCAAGAGGAAGCUGGAGGAGAACGGAACGGAAGUCUCCAAACGGCCUCGGCAGUCGGACGCAGAUGAUGCUGGAGGGUCUUGAAAUCUUUAAAACCAAUAAAACCUGCAACUUGAAAACCAGCCUUCUGUAACCGCAGUGCCGUAACCCAAACGAUGAGGAAUGUUCGGAGACCUCCGCGGGGGCUCUCUUCCCCGAACCCACCCCACCCCCGACGAGCUGUGUGGCCGCGCGGCCUCGGAGGCUGGUGCGAUCCCACCGUGGGCUCUGGCUGCCCGGGAGGUGAGGCGCCGCGGCGGGGCCCGCUGUGCGGCCGGCGGCCGGCUACCUCAGGGACCGCGCGGCGGGCAGCCAGCCCGGGCCUCCCGGCUCCUGCUCCGCACGCCCCCAUCGUCAAGGUGGUUUUUCUAAUAAAAGGGGAGGGUGAGGACUGUCCAAGCAACAGGAGUUGCCAAAGAGGAAAAAAACAAAACAAAACUAGACACUUAAACUUUCUAAUCUUUCUGUGGAAACGUCUGUUACUGUAGAGAAACGUACACGUGUUUGUCGUUGGCUAGCGGAGCGGGAGCCGGUGCUCGGAGGCGCCGAGAACAAUGUUUGAAAAACCCAGCUCAGUGGGCUUCUCCGGAAUUCCCGAGAACGGCAGGCCCGAGCUCGGCGGAGGCCCCGGACGGCAGCUCCCUCCCGGCCGAGUCGGCUUGCCGGCCGCCAGCUGAGAACCAGCAAGUGCGGCCCGAGACCAAGAUCAAAGCUUUUAGUUAGAGGGUCGAGUCCAGGUUUUCCGAGUUUUUACUCUGUGGGGUAAGGCCCAGCCUUUCUGUCCACCUCUUCUGGGUCUCUUCCUCCAGCCCAGUUGUUAGCGAGGCAGGCAGAGCCUGCGGCCGUGCGGGCGGUCGGGGUCUGCUGGGCACAGAGCGCCGUGCGGGCGCUGCUCCGACUGACCCUGGCGGGGACCCUGCUUGCUUUCCCUUUCAGAGGCUGCUGGUUUUGAUGUGGUUUCUUGUGAAAUCCCAUGACACUCUCAUUGAUGGCGCUAGAGCUCCCCCCGGUAGAGGGAAGGUUAAGAACAGGAAGCACAAGGUUGGGAUGUGUCAUGCGUGGGAGAGAAGCCAGAGACCCGCUUAAGACUUUUUCUUUUCUUUUUGAAGCAUGAAAAAUCUUAUGUUAUUCUGGUCAUAAAUAAAAUUUUAACUUCAA